AUGCCAGAUGCGCGUUUUCUCAGAGUUGUGCUGAAAGAAAACAGUACCGCGAAAGACGUGGUAAGGUUUUGCACGGUGAAGUACAACCUUGCCAGUACGUACUUGCUGUCGGCAAAUUUUGACGGAUUGGCCAAUUCAGAAAAGCACUUCGACGAACACGAACGACUCUACAAACUGGUAAAGAAGUUCGUCAUCGGUGGAGGACGAGGCAAAGACGUCACUUUCUACUUGACAGCUGUUAAGAAGAAGAUAACAAGUAGGUAAAU